GAUUCUUUCAGAACAAAUCUAAAAUACAUUAAAAUAUAUUAAAUAUAUUAGAAAUCAUUCAAACAAUUUUUUAUACAUCAUAAUAAUUUUUCUUUAUCUACUUUUUUGAAUUUUAUACAAAUAAUAAUUUCAUUAAGAAUGCAACAAGAUAAAAUUCCAACGAUAAUUAUUGUCGGUGCGGGUUUAGGAGGACUCUCUCUCUAUCAUGCUUUGAUAAAGAACAAGGACAAAAGAGAAUUCAACGUAAAAAUCUUUGAACGUGAAUCUAGUCCUACAGAUCGAUGGCAAGGAUAUCAUAUAGGCUUGUCUAAUUAUGGAGCUCAAUCUCUUUUAAACUGUAUUCCAUCCUCAAUCGCUUCAAACCUUCCAAAAGCAACGCCAAAUACGGUUCCUGAUGUAGAAACUCAUGGAAUAAUUAUCACUGAUCAAGUAGGAAAUGUUCUACUUGCUCCUCCAACUAAACCAUUUAAAGAUUUUUACGAACUUGCAAAAAUAUCUCGUGGUUUAUCAUCAAUGAUCAUUUAUCGUGAUCGACUUAGAGAUGUUUUAUUAGAUGAUGUACCAGUACAAUGGAAUAAAAAAUGUACUAAAUAUGUAGAAACUCAAGAAGGAGUUUGGGUAUUUUUUGAAGAUGGUACACAAGAAUUUUGUAAUAUUUUAGUUGGUGCAGAUGGAAUUAAUUCUCCAAUACGAAAACAGAAAUUGCCCGAAUUACAAAUUGUUAAUUAUGGAAUAACUCAUGUUGGCGUAGAUAUUUCUAUACCUAAACACCUUAUGGACAGGGCAAGUAAAAUCCAUGGAAAUGUUUUGGCCCGCAAAACUCUUGGAACAAAAGGAGAUUCAACAUUUAUGAUGACACGCUUAAUACCAAUCAAACAGGAACAAGAUGACGAAAAAAAUGAACCUCACUAUAGAGCAACAUUAGUUUAUUCUUAUCCCUCCGAAUUAGAUAAUGUUGAUACUGAAUCUGAAAAGGCUAAAGUUGAUGAUAAUGAUCCUGCGUCAGUCAUCGAACAUGUUAAAGUAUUAAUUCGAACAUUAAGACCAGAUUGUGAAUUGACUGAUUUAUUGUUAGAAUUAUGGGACUUGGCACCUAAAACAAUUCCAAAUGAUCCAAUAAAAUUCCCAUUUAAAAAUUAUAAUCCUGUACAACGAAGAAUGAUGCGAGAUAUUGAUCCAAUGUCUAUCAAAUCAUGGACGAGUAGUCGAGUUGUAUUAUUAGGAGAUGCUGUUCAUGCUAUGAGUCCUAUAUUAGGAUUAGGAGCAAAUAAUGCUAUUCAGGAUGCCGAUAAACUUUCUCAAGCAUUACUUAAAUAUACGGACAAUAAUAUUUCUUUUAUUGAAGAAUAUGAAAAAGAAAUGUUAAAACGAACAUCUGCUGAUGUAUUAAAAUCUAGAAACGUCACGUUUAAGACUUCCACGCCACUUGGGCCUUUUGGCGUUAUUGUUAGAGACAGAAUUUUAAAGGUUAUAAACGUUAUGAUAAACUUUUAUAGUUUUGCGGAUAACUUAAUUUUUAAGGAUUAAAAAAACUAUUAAUAUUAUUAUUUUAGAAUCUUAGAAUCAUAUUCAUAUACAUAUAUAAGUACAUAUACAUAAUAUAUA